UCGGUGCUAUCUGCGACGGUAUCGUCACCACAACACAAUGUGCGCCAAGGUCGGGAAAUAAUGCCACCUUAAGAGGUGACGAGGGCCUAUUUCACAAGGAAAAAUGGACGUCAUGUCGUGGGGAGCGAAGUCUACCACUACAGUGGCUCAGUGGUACCCUCUAUCAUCGUAUGGAGAUUCCGCUUCGAGCGAAGGGGUAGUCGCUGUGGACGGCAUCCGCAAUGAUCGCAUCAAGAUGUCGAGGUGUCGUGGCGCCAUAUCGCGCGAACCUCGGUUUAUGUUGAUUUUUUGGAAUUUUAGGCGGGGCAAGUCGCCGCGGCAGCUGCGGUUGCUUUUGUUGGACGAGGAAGUAGGCGACGCGUCGGCAGCAACACAGGCUAUCGGUAUUAAGACACCCACGUCGUUUCGACAUUCCGUUACACGGCUGACACAGAGACUGUAAGCUUCAGGCUUCGAAUGGAUGCUGUGGACGUAAUGUUCGACGAACCGGGCGAGUGG